CACACACACACACCCCAGUACCCCACCAUCCAAUAUCUACUCUCUCUCCCUCUCUCUCUCUCUCAUUCUCUCUCUCUGCAGUUGGGCAGAGCAGAUGGGCUGUCCCUUUUCAGCUCCCUUCUUAUCCCCAAAGCUACUGCCAUUUCUUGCUCUCUAAAACAAUACUCAUUCGAUCAUCCAUCCAUCCAUCCAUCCCCAAUUAGACAACUACCCAACCCAAUCCCACUUGCCUAGCUGACCCUGACCCUGACCUUGACCUGCACUGUGUCUGUAAUUCAAUUUGGUUAUAAUUUCUGUGUUUUUCUUGUUGUUGUGGGUGGGGGGAUGACAAUGGCGUCCAGGAGUAGUAGGAGGCAGCAGAGAUGGAGUCCUCAGCCAUUGACGCCUCUCAUGGAGGGUCCCGACCUGGGAAUGGAGGAUCACGAAGGGACCAGGAAGGAGAGCUCCUGGGAACUCAUCAGGGAGUGGUUCAGAUUACAGAGAAGUAGUAGUUUCCAGCAGCACCAUCCAGGGACUAGCUUUUCUUCUUCUUCUUCAUCAAUGGCGUUGUACGGACCCGCCAAGAGGCAGGAUUUGAGGCUCCUCCUCGGCGUCCUCGGCUGCCCUCUCGCCCCAAUUCCCACCUCCGACAACCCUUUUUCCGAUCUCCACAUCAAGGACAUCCCCCUGGAGACGUCGACAGCUUAUUACAUUAUAAAGCAGUACUUAGCGGCGGCUGGGUGCACGAAGCAGCAGUGCGCCGCCAAGAACAUGUACUCGUCGGGGACGGUGAAGCUCAUACGGUGCGAGACGGAGAUUUCGACAGGGAAGAGCGUCAGGACCAUGGGGUCCCGGAGUGGCGAGAGCGGCUGCUUCGUGCUCUGGCAGAUGUCGCCCCGAAUGUGGUCCCUCGAGCUCGCCGUCGCCGGCAACAAAGUCGUCGCCGGAAGCGACGGCAAGAUUGUCUGGCGGCACACUCCCUGGCUCGGCACCCACGCUGCCAAAGGCCCCCAACGCCCCCUCCGCCGCAUCAUCCAGGGGCUGGAUCCUCGGAGCACGGCGAGCCUAUUCGCCAAGGCUCAGUGCCUGGGCGAGAAGCGGAUCGGAGACGACGACUGCUUCGUGCUGAAAGUGGCGGCGGACCGGGCGGCGGUGAUGGAGAGGAACGAAGGUCCGGCGGAGGUGAUCCGGCACGUGCUGUACGGAUACUUCAGCCAGAAGAGUGGUCUCCUGAUCUACAUGGAGGACUCCCACCUCACCAGAGUCCACUCCUCCUCGCCGGAAAACGACACCGUUUACUGGGAAACCACCAUCGGGAGCAGCAUCGGAGACUACAGGGACGUCGACGGCGUCAUGAUCGCCCACCAGGGGAGGACGGUGGCCACUGUUUUCCGAUUCGGGGAGACGUCGAUGCAGCACUCGAGGACCAGAAUGGAAGAGCUAUGGACCAUACACGACGUCGUUUUCAACGUCCCGGGCCUCUCCGGCGACUCCUUCAUCCCUCCGGCCGACAUAUUCGACACUACGGCGACUGUGUCUCCCUAACCAAACCCUCCUUUAAUUACCUCUAAUUAAUCAAUAAUUGUCUUCUUCAAUUUAUUUUUUAUUUACGUCUAUAAAAUUAGAUCUUCAUUGUACAACGUCGUAUCCUUCCUACACAAAAACACACUCGCCUGUACAUAUAUUAUAUCACUAUUUUUGUUUUCUUGUUUAA